UAAUUUUUGCAUCAUUUUUUAGUUGUAUUGAUAUACUUACUAUAUCAGAUACUGUGUUUUCAAAAAAAAAUUUGGGGGUACCCCUUGCCAACGAAAGCAAAGAUUUUGCUUUUGGGUCGAGCUCGUUGCAGCGGGCUUGCCUAGCGUGGGUUUGUGAUUUGCAAGCUAUUGCAUAGAUUUACCCGGUGCGCACCAAAGAAUAGCGGCUACAGUUUUUCUUGUUAUCGGAAAAAAAAAUUGGGGUUUGUAGUUCAAAAGUUUGAUUCAUAGUGAAACAACAAAAGGAUGAGUUAUGUUCUGGAAUUCUUCUUAGGGUACACUUUACCUAGAAUAUCAAAUUUCCACAAUGGUUGUACAAAAUUUCAUGAUUUGCAACAAAUUAGACUGCGUUUAUCGUAUGGGAAAUGUUCUGCAGUUCGAAAAUGUAAAAAGAUUCGAUUUUUACGACAAGCUUUAAAUUUGGAGCUGAUUGAUCAUGCUGAUUUGCUUUCAUUUCCGAAUGAGGCUGAAGCUUGUGAUGGGAGAGGAACAGAUAUCUUACCUUACGUGCAAACUGUUAGAAACUUCCCAGAGGAGGAGCUAAUCGGAAAAGUUGUCAUGGUCAGAUUGGACUUGACCAUCGUACUAAGGGAGCAGAAGAAACAGCAGUCUCCAGCAGCUCGCGUAAUUUCAACCAUCAAAUAUCUACACAAAGCUGGGGCAAAAUUAGUUCUGUUAAGUAGCUGGAGUUUGAGAGCUGACUCGCGGCUUCUCAAAUUGGAAUAUGUUGCAGAACUUUUAUCGUCGGAACUUGAACUAAAAGUAAUACCAGUGGAUCUUGGUUCUGGAUUUGAGCAGUCCCUGAGGGAAGACAGACAUAAAUCUUCCAUCCUUCUUCUUGAGAACCUUUCUCAGUUUAAACAGGAGCAAGCCAAUUGUUCAGAGUUUGCACGACGCCUAUCAUCUGGCGUGGAUAUCUUUGUUAAUGAAACAUUUUUCCAAUCACAUAAGAUUCUUGCAUCAAAUGUUGGUAUUACUGGCUUCUGCUAUGCGUCCAUUGCUGGAUUUCACUUUGACGAGCAAAUGUCUCAACUGAAGAAGAUAAUCGAGAUGAACAAGAGGCCCUAUUUUGCAAUAGUCGGAGGUAAUCUCGCUGGGAAAGCAGUAGCCUUGCUAUUUUUGGCAUCUAGAUGUGACGGCUUAGUGUUUAUUGGCAAUGCUGCAUUUCAAAUAAUGCAUGCUUUUGGAUUACCUGUUCCUAUGGAAUUGGUGGAACAAGAAUCACUAGAGGCAGCCCGUGUGCUAGUUGAGGCUGCAAAGGCAAGAGGAGUACAAAUCAUAUUACCAAAAGACUUUUGGUGCAUCAAUGAUUAUUAUCCGUCGCGGAUGAAGAUUUUUCCUGCUAAUCGUAUCAUUGAUGGAUGGAAACCUGUUGAUGUUGGACCUAACACAUUGGGGGAAAUGAUCUCCGUGCUUUCGAGAUGCAAGAAAAUUUUGUGGAUUGGAGCUGUAAAGUUCAGCUCAUCACAUCAAGAAUCUGCUGGAGCAUCCAAAUUAGCUGCGAUGCUUUAUAAUCUUAGUCAAAUGAACUGUGAUCUAAUUGUGGUUGGCAAACAGGCAUGUGAGACGUUUAUUGGGAGAUCAAGGCACGUUACAGCUGAUAUGAUUGAAAAUGCUUCCAUUGUCUGGGAGUUUCUGAAAGGGAGAAAGCUUCACGGGCUCUUGGCACUAGAUAGAGCAUAUCCAUUUAAGUUGAAUUGGGAUGCUUUAUAUGCCAAUACAACCCUACCUCUUGUUGUUGACGUAGGAAGUGGCAACGGUUUAUUUCUGACCAGAAUGGCAAAGAUGCGGAAGGAUUGGAACUUUCUUGGACUGGAGAGAAAUGAAAAGUUGGUAAGACGUUGUCUUGAUCAUGUUUCUCAAUCUGGCAUGACAAAUGGAUACUUCAUAGCAACGAAUGCCACAUCAACAUUCCGAUUCAUUGUUUCCAGUUACCCUGGUGAUCUUGUGCUUGUGUCAAUUCAGUGUCCAAAUCCAGAUUUCAAUAGAACAGAACACCGAUGGAGGAUGGUGCAGAGAUCAUUAGUUGAAGCAAUAGCAGACUUAGUAGCUCCUGAUGGGAAGGUAUUUCUCCAAUCUGAUGUAAAAGAAGUUGCAGUGAGAAUGAAAAAAGAGUUUAUGAAUUAUGGCAAGGGCAAGCUCACAGUAAUGCACGAUUCGGAAGAUAUCACAAGUCAGCAAGAUGGAUGGCUGAACGAAAACCCCUUUGGCAUUCGAUCAGAUUGGGAGCAACAUGUUAUAGAACGUGGCGCUCCUAUGUACAGAUUACUGCUAUUGAAAUCUUCAUCUUCUGGUUGAGAUAGUUACAACAGGGUGGAUUAUUCAACAAACAAAUUCCCCGAGAUGGUCUCGGAGUUUGAACGCAGAUGGUCUCGGAGUUUGAACGGAGAGUGUGAAAAGAAACAGGAGCUGAAACAUAGUACCAAAACUAACCAUUGGCACCAAAGUGAGAGAGCUCAGGUUUUGCUCGGUAUAUUGCAGUAAUCUGAGUAUAGCAGAAAAUGCCAAUAAGUUGGAUGCUAAUUGAGGGCUACUAAAAUAAACCAGCAAGCAGAGGCGGAGUUAGAAUAUUGUAUACAAAUUUGAAUGACUUCUGUAGCUUAUGCUACUCGUAUAAAUAUUUAAUUGUGAACCCUGUUACUAAAACGAGCUUCGAUUCGAUCACAAUCUUAGAACAUGUAAAUUUUAAAUUUUGGUUUCGCCUUGUAUUAUAAUAAAGAAAGAUGGAUGGAUUUCCAUUGGAAGUGUUA